AUGGAAUUCCCACCUAUUAGGCUAAGGGCAAUUUGGUCAUUUCUCCUCUACAUUCCAUGGUUAUUGGGAUCUGCUGCUAAUUUGUCUAAUGAAACAGAUAGGCUUGCUUUGCUCCACUUCAAACAUCUAAUAACUGAAGAUCCUUUCCAUUCCUUGAGCUCAUGGAACCAUACUCUCCACUUUUGCCACUGGCAAGGAGUCACAUGCAAUGGUCGCCGGCACCCUCAAAGGGUCACUGAAUUGAACCUCACUGGACAGAAGUUGGUGGGCCCCAUAUCUCCUUUCAUUGGGAAUCUCACCUUCCUCAGGACAAUUGAUCUUGGAGAAAACUACUUUCAUGGCUCAAUUCCUCAGGAGAUGGGCCGGUUGUUUCGCUUGCAGUAUCUUAGUCUACUAAAUAACACAUUCACUGGAGAAAUUCCAGAAAAUCUGACCCACUGUUUGAAACUUGAAUUCCUUCAUCUUUAUAGGAAUCAGCUCAUAGGGAGGAUUCCAAUUGAGCUUGGCUCUCUACCCAAGCUCAGCUACUUGAUUCUUUCUCACAACAAUCUUGUAGGAAGCAUCCCGCCUUCACUCGGAAACAUUUCGUCUCUCACUUACCUUCAUCUGACAAGAAAUAGUCUAGAUGGCAGCAUUCCAGAAGAACUUUGUCAAUUAGUGAAUUUAAAUGUUUUUAGCGUAGGUGGAAAUGAACUUUCAGAUUCCAUGGAAACCUUCCUCCUAACUUGGGCCUCAGUCUUCCAAAUCUCGAAGAACUUUAUGCCGAAAGCAAUCAAUUCACAGGACCCAUACCAGUUUCAUUAUCCAAUGCUUCAGGACUGA